AUGGCUAAACGUAUGCGAUCCGAUGCAGUUCCAUUAUCACCAGAAGAUUAUAAAUUUAUUAUGCAAUAUCGUGAUGUAAAACCCAAAACUGAUGUUUUAAAAAAGCCGAGAGAAAAAUACCCCAUGACAAAUAACCGUUUUUAUAAAAUUUGGAGAGGGCAAGAAGUUAGUAUGAUAGAAUGGUAUCAGCCUAUAUCAGAAUCAAUAACACCAUCAAGUCAGGAUUUACCUAUAUUAAAAUUACCCUCCGAAUCAUGCUCACCAAGUAUUGACCAUACCAGCUCCACUGGAGAAACUAGUAUAACUGAGAAUUCUAACCAAAUUAAUAUUCCGAACAAACAGGUUAAAAAAAGAAAACUGAGAUCUAAAUCGGUUCGCAUUUCUGAUUCACCUAAUAGCGGAGCUAGUGCUAAGACACAUAUUAUCAGCGGGGCCGAUACACCUAAUACCCUGACAAAAAAAGUAGAAAGAAAAGAUGACCUAUAUGCUUUGAUUAAGCAGGAUCGCAAAGAAACAGAAGAAUAUGAACGUGAAUCAGAAAGAUUUUUAAAUCGUAACUAA